CAGAAGGCUUCCGCUCCGCCGCGCUUGUCUUUCAAAGAAAUAAAGUCUUAUUGAAUUUCGCCGUUGUGUUAGUUCAGUAAACUUUCGCUUCCCCGAAAUCAACAAGGCAAAUGGUUCGAAGCAGCAGAGACAAGCCUCAGCAAAACUGUCAAGAACCCGGGAAAGCGAUGGAAAAAGAUUAUGUCAACAUCAUCACAGAGUUCUUCGCGCUCAUCGUAUUUUGACACCGCCGUAGCGACUUUACAGACAAGUGGGUUUUAUUGGGGAGCCAUAAACGCUAAUCAAUCAAAAACUUUAUUGAUGCACAAAAGAGUUGGAGCAUUUCUUGUGCGGGCUAGCUCAGACCCUAAGCAUUUAUUCACGCUGAGCUUGAAGACAGAAGCAGGAGUGACGAAUAUAAGGAUCGUCAUGUGCGACGGCAAAUUUUCGUUAGAUCAAAACAAUGGAACAAUCACGCGGGCCCGUGCAAACCAGCAGGGUUCACCAAGGUUCGACUGUGUGGUAAAACUUGUGUUUUAUUAUAUGCUGCUAUCCUGGAGAACGUUGCGACAAAAUUCUUCAAGUACAGGAACUCGUGACAGAGUCGCAGCUCACUUGUCACUUCUCUUGCCUCUCUACAAAGAAGUGUCCAGCCUACAGCAUUUGUGUCGAAGAACGUUGAAUCGCCUUGUAAUUGGCGAUGGGGUCCAUGGUCUACCCAUUCCUGCUAAACUAAAAGUGUACUUAAGAAGAUACCAAUAUCCAGUAUAACCAAGAGACGGGAAUUAUUUUAUAUUCAACUAAGUGCGAUGUAAUGAAUUAUUGGUGAAGUGCCAUUUCCCCGAGUUAUUACGAGUACAUUUUCACGUACAAAGAGAGACCGUUUUUCCGAGAAAAAUAGGUGGAGUGUAUGCUACAAGAAGGUGUGUAUCUUAAACAAUAUUUGUUCAAAUUAUAAAUUAGUCCUUCCCGAUGAGGGAACGUCGCUAUAUGUAGGCAUGCAUAUUAUCAAAUUGUACAGCCUGUUUAUAAAGUUAUUUAUUUCGAAAAUAAUUAAAAGUAUAUUUGUAUGGACACUUGUGAAAGUUGAUGCUACUGGUCAAAGAACAUCCUUUUAUUCCUAGAAACUAGAAUAACGGUACGCUUGGCUUCAAAUGUAUCUGUAAGGCUACGUCAUGUGAUUUUACCGUCAAUAUUUUCCCUUUUAAGUUGGGAAUUAGUUAUUACAUAAGGUAAAAUCAUUCUCGACAGAAGAGUUCAGUCGUUAUGCAACCAUAACGCCAAACCUUUUGAUGUGAAAAACAGAUAAAAAAAAAUAGUUUAUGAUGCGAGAAUUGAAGUGAAAGUAACAAAUUAUAAGGAACUACCUAUAUAUAGUUACAGUCAUCCUGUUGCACUUGGAUGCGGAAAAUUAAACAGCUUAAGUGUUGAUAUUGUAAACUAAGGCAACAAGACGGACAGUUCAUAAUCGGAAGGAGUGUUGGCCGACAUUUUGUUCCGUUUUGUUUAAUUAAAGUGUUGACACACUUUCCACAAAACC